UUCCCGCCGCCUUCCUGCGCUCCUGCCCACUGCCCAUGCCGGCUCCCACACCGUCGUACGACUCCAGCCGCUGCCGCGUGAAUACCCGGGCGCUUUCAGGCUCAGCAUCAGAACAGUCUCUUUUUGGACUGGGACAUGGCAUCCUUCAAGAAAGUCACCCUCUCAGUGCUUAGCCAGGAGCAGUCGGAAGGGGUUGGAGCGAGAGUUCGCAGAAGCAUUGGCAGACCUGAGUUAAAAAAUCUGGAUCCAUUUUUACUGUUUGAUGAGUUUAAAGGUGGUAGACCAGGUGGAUUUCCUGAUCACCCACAUCGAGGUUUUGAAACAGUAUCUUACCUCCUGGAAGGGGGCAGCAUGGCCCAUGAAGACUUCUGUGGACAUGUUGGUCAGUUGAACCCAGGAGACCUGCAGUGGAUGACCGCGGGCCGGGGCAUUCUGCAUGCGGAGAUGCCAUGCUCAGAGGAGCCAGCCCAUGGCCUACAACUAUGGGUUAAUUUGAGGAGCUCAGAGAAGAUGGUGGAGCCUCAGUACCAGGAACUAAAAAGUAAAGAAAUUCCUAAACCCAGUAAGGAUGGUGUGACAGUUGCUGUCAUCUCUGGAGAAGCCCUGGGAGUGAAGUCCAAGAUUUACACUCGCACACCAACCUUAUAUUUGGACUUCAAAUUGGACCAAGGAGCAAAGCAUUCCCAGCCUGUUCCUAAAGGGUGGACAAGCUUCAUUUACACCAUUUCUGGAAAUGCGUAUAUUGGACCUGAUGAUGCACAACAAAAAAUAGAACCUCAUCACACAGCUGUGCUGGGGGAAGGUGACAGUGUCCAGGUGGAGAACAAGGAUCCUGAGAGAAGCCACUUUGUCCUUAUUGCUGGGGAGCCAUUAAGAGAACCAGUUGUCCAACAUGGUCCAUUCGUGAUGAACACCAAUGAAGAGAUUUCUCAGGCCAUUCUUGAUUUCAGAAAUGCAAAAAAUGGGUUUGAAAGAGCCAAAACCUGGAAAUCAAAGAUUGGAAACUAGUGAAGAGCACAAGAGCAGGUCUUGAUGCUUUCUGGAAUUCUGCCAUUUGUGGCAUCCAUUCAGUUAAUGCAUUCAUUUUUCAAAGCUGACAAAGCCGGUGCUUCUGAAGAAUUCCACACUAAAAUGAUAACAUGAUUUUUAUAGCAAUGUAUGUGAGAUAU